AUGGCAACCUGCUCGUCAGCCUCAACUACUUCCACCGCCGACGGCGCAGCAAUCUCAUUCCAUCCCAAACAUGUGGAGUUGCCAUCUCCCAAUCUCUUAGCUUCUGACGCUAGCAGUUCUUCCGAAAUUCUCUCAUUACCCUCCGUCCCUUCUCUUCAAACCACCUGUUCAGAAACCCAGGAUAAUGUUUCCGUUUCUUACCUCUGCAUCUCCAUCCUUAAGCCCCAAACCCACCAAGUCAGCUGCCUCGCCGUCUCCGGUGAUCUUCUUUACGCCGCCUCCGGUAACGAAAUCAAUGUCUUCACACUGACGAACUACCAACAUAUCGACGCAUUCAACGUCAAAGACUCCUCUUCGGGCUCCGUCAAGUCCUUAGCGUUUGGGGAGGGAAAGGUCUUCUCAGCUCAUCAAGAUUGCAAGAUCCGAGUUUGGGUGAUGACACCCACGAAACAGCACCAGCUAGUGGCGACACUUCCCACCGUCAAGGACUGGUUGCGCCGUUUUAUGAUGCCCAAGAACUACGUGCGCCUCAGGCGGCACAAGAAACGGCUUUGGAUUGAACACGUGGACGCCGUCUCUGGUCUCGCCUUGACGGAUGGUUUGCUCUACUCUGUUUCGUGGGAUAAGAGUUUGAAGAUCUGGCGCACCUGGAAUCUCCGAUGCUUGGAGUCCAUGAAAGCGCAUGACGACGCCAUUAACGCCGUUGCCGUGUCGGCUGACGGAACCAUUUACACGGCGUCAGCGGAUAGACGGAUCAGGGUGUGGGGGAGAACGACUGGGAAGAGGAGUCAGAGACAUGAGAGGCAUAGGCUGAUAGCGACGUUGGAGAAGCAUAACUCGGCGGUGAACGCGCUCGCGCUGAGUAGUGACGGAUCGGUACUCUUCUCCGGUGCCGGUGACCGUUCCAUAUUGGUGUGGGAGAGGAAGGACAGUGCCAACCAUAUGGGUGUCACGGGAGCAUUGAGAGGGCACAAGGGUGCGAUACUGUGCUUGGUCAACGUAUCUGAGAUUCUAGUUAGUGGGUCAGCUGAUCGGACGGUUAGGAUAUGGAAAAGAGGCGGCGGUGGGGAUCAACGGUACAGCCAUUUGGUGGUGUUGGAAGGACACGAGAGACCGGUGAAGUCGUUGGUAGCCGUUAUGGGCGGCGUAGUAGUGUCGUCCUCAUCUGGGUCCGGGUCCGGGUCCGGGUCGGAGAAGCUGUCCGUUUGUAGUGGAAGUCUGGAUGGAGAGGUAAGAGUAUGGGAGGUCACGGUUUCCAAUCUCACUCACAACGCUUCCCCGACUGAUCAAACAAACAUAACUCUUAAUUCUUGA